UUUUAUCCUACAUGGAUACAGCGAUGACAAAAAUUAAAUCUUAAACUUUAAUUUUAAUUUUUUAAGACCUUUUAUUGUAGUUUCUUUUUCAAGAUUAACGUCUAAAUCAUUAAUAACACAUAUUUAAAAUUUCUAACUAUAAAUUACUACCGGAGGACCGUUCGUCGGCAGCAGCCAGAGUCUCUGACGUUGCAUCGAUUGUGUUUGUCUAAGCCAAUUCACUCCAGUUCUAGUGUUGAACUGUUGAUAAUUGGGUUGCACCUCUCGUUUUGCUGUCGGCCAUGGACGCGCACGCACCGCCCCGGAGCCCUGCGUCCGACGGCGGCCAUGGCGACGGCGACGGCGACACGAAGAAGCCGCACGUCCUCGUCGUGCCGUACCCGGCGCAGGGCCACAUGCUCCCGCUCCUCGACCUCGUCGCGCUGCUGGCCGCGCGCGGCCUCGCGCUCGCCGUCGCCGUGACGCCCGGGAACGUCCCGCUCCUCGCGCCGCUGCUGGCGUCGUGCCCGCCGUCGUCGGUCGCCACGGUCACCCUGCCUUUCCCGGCGGCGUCGGCGUCGGGGCUCCUCCCGGCCGGGUGCGGCGAGAACACCAAGGACCUGCCGGGACACCUCUUCCGCCCGUUUAUGGCCUCUCUCGCGGCGCUCCGCGCGCCGCUGCUCGCCUGGUGCAAGGCGCAGCGCCGCCGCCGCCGCCGCGUCACGGCCGUCGUCUCCGACAUGUUCACGGGGUGGACGCAGCCGCUCGCCGCGGACCUCGGCGUGCCGCACGUGACGUUCUCGGCCUCCGGCGCGCACUACCUCGCCGUGUCGCACUCCCUCUGGCGCCGCCUGCCGAGAAGGCGCUGCCCCGACGAGGCCGUCAGCUUCCAGGACGUGCCCGGCUCGCCCACGUUCCGUUGGAGCCACCUGUCGUGGCUGUACCGGACGUACGUCGCCGGCGACGAGGUCUCCGAGGCGAUCCGGCAGUUCUUCCUGUGGAAUCUGGAGAGCUCAUGCUUCGUCGCCAACUCUUUCACGGCGAUCGAGGCCGCGUACGUGGAUCGCCCGCUCCCGGACCUGAUGGAGAAGAAGGUGUUUGCGGUGGGCCCCCUGUCGGACGCCGUGGGCCGGUGCACCGACCGCGGCGGGAAGCCGGCGGUGGCGCCGGCGAGGGUGGCGGCGUGGCUGGACGCGUUCGACGACGGCUCCGUCCUGUACGUCUGCUUCGGGACGCAGCAGGCGCUGUCGCCGGCGCAGGCGGCGAGCCUGGCCGGCGCGCUGGGGCGGAGCGCGGCGCCGUUCGUCUGGGCGGCGAGGGGCGGCACGCCGGUGCCGGGCGGGUUCGAGGCGGCGACGGCGGCGCGCGGUAUGGUCAUCCGCGGGUGGGCGCCGCAGGUGGAGAUCCUGCGCCACCGCGCCGUGGGGUGGUUCCUGACGCACUGCGGCUGGAACUCGGUGCUCGAGGCGGUCGCCGCCGGCGUGGCGAUGCUCGCGUGGCCGAUGAGCGCCGACCAGUUCACCAACGCGUGGCUGCUCGCGGAGGCCGGCGUGGCCGUGGCCGUGGCGGAGGGCGCCGACGCCGUGCCCGACGCCGGACAGAUGGCCGACGCCAUAGCCUCGGCGAUCGGGAACGGCGGGGCGUCGGUGAGACAGCGCGCGGCGGAGCUCGGCAGGAGCACGGCGGCGGCGGUGGCGGAGGGUGGGAGUUCUUCCGUAGACUUGGAAGAGUUGGUGAGCAUCCUAAGCUCGCCAAAGCUGACUAAUUAAUGUAUUUUUAUUCAAACUGCUACUCUCUGUUUCAGGUUAGAAGACGUAAUCAAAGUCAAACUAUUCUAAGUUUGAUUAAUUUUAUAAAAAAAAUAAUAAUAUUUUAAACCCAAAACAAAUAUAUUAUGAAAAUUUAUUCAAUUAUAGAUUUAAUGAAACUAUGCUGUUGUUAUAAAUAUUAAUAUUUUUUCUACAGAAUUAGUUAAAUUUAGAGUAGUAUGAACAAAGUCGAAACAUCUUAUAACCUAAAACGGAGGGAGUAUAUAUUUUAUUCCUAAUAAACUGUGAUUAGAUGCGAAUAUAAUGGUUAUUUUCGGAAGCUGGGAAUAGUAUAAUGGUUAUUUGGGAUUGGGGCUAAGCCGGCUAACCUUUGUCCUAGCAAACUUAUUACCAUCACUGUAUUUUAUAGGGCAAUGCUAUUGACCAAACAAAAUAUCUUCUUAGUAUUUCUAAAUUUCAUAUAAACCAAAUAAAAUUUUACUAUUGCUAUUCUAUUGAAACCUAUAAAAAAAAUUAGUAAUCCUGAAAGUUUCUGUCAUAAAGGGUAUAGGCCACAAAUACUAUCAUAGAAAGCUUACCUGACUUGAUAAAUAGGAGGUGAACCAAAUCGGCUACUUGUAAGUAGAGCAGAACUUGGGAAUGGCUAACACUUGUAAUACAAGAUAAUGGGUGGAUAGAAUAUUCGUAAGCUUCCUAUACAUAAAACAAGUCGUAUGUGGCUAAAUUACUAAUAACUACAUGUAACUGUGUAUCUCAAUCUAUAUAAGAUGGGCGUGGGUCUCAAGAUUGGGGCAGAUGCAAUCACAUGAACAUGACAUAUACAAAACCCUAUAGCAAUACAAUUCACUAAACAAGAGUAGAGUACGGUAUUAAUAUAAUUAUCUCUCAUCGAGUUUGUAUAAAUCUCUUUCUCUUGUAUCACCAUUGAGCUCUUAGUUCAACGCAUAGCGUUCUAACAAACGACACUACUAUUAAUAACUUUACCGAAUACUUUACAACAAACACAUAUAAGAGCAAGUUCAUAGUAUAGCCGUCUAUCAGCUCCAAUAUAUCUAUAGUCAAUUUAAUAACUAAUACAUACAAUAGUUACCUACUAUACUAUAGAUACAUGGUCCCACCUGUCAUACACACAUUGCGUCUUGCAAUCCGUGCUGCAGCUGGCUAUAAAUAUGUAGCCCGCUGCACUUCUUUCUCAUCUUUUUAUCUCCUAGAAAUGUAUUUAUAUCUGGCUUAUAGUUUGUUAUUGUACCUGCUCUAAUACUACCAACAACAAUAAUACAUUUAACUUUGAUAGCCUUGAAAGUGGCAAAAAAAAAUGAACAUACUCUUUUAGAGCAAGUAGUAUGGUUCUCAUUCUCAACAACCAUCUUCCCACAUGUACACAGUGACAUGUUAUUCAAGAUGCACCUGGUGUCUUCUUGCAACUGUUGGAGUACAGAAUCACUAGUGCAGAACUUCUUUUUUUUUUAAGUUUUAGAAUUCUGACCUACACGUUUAUUUUAUCUUUUAGUGGGAUACCUGUAUGAUUCAUAUAUAUGUUCAUCCCUAUCUCUCUAUAUGCACUGUGCUUGUAAUCUCUACUAUCGAAAUCUGUACAAAUCAGAGGGCAAUUAGCGAGGCCACGUGGCAUGACUGGAUUCAUGGGUUUGGUCCCUCGCGCACAGCCGUCAGAUCACGCAUCUACGGUGAUAUAUCGUGCGGUGGAUCUUGUUGUAAAAUAUAAUCUUUCGAGGGAGUUUAAUGCAAAAGAGUAGAGUAUCCAUACUCCAGUAAAUACUUCGUUCGUCAUCCGUUCCCAUCCGCCGCCAAGGCUCCAAUCUCCGCUCGUUCCCCACCGCGGCCGUCGCCUCGCUGUCGCCGGGCGGCUGCCGAUCCCGAGCCAACAGCCCGCCCUGCUGCCGGCACGCGGUCGUUGAAUCGAGGGCGCUGCCUCGCCCCCAUGAUUUUCUGGUGCGUCGCCGCUCUCCACGUGUUCCUCAUCAGCCGCAACGUCCACUUUCUCCGCCACCGGCAGCCGAGGCGCCGCCUCCGCCCACAUCGCAGCAUUGACUUCUCCAGGUUGGCUCACCAACUCCAUCGGCUAUUCCAGUUAACGGUCAACUGACGGUGGAGUGACGGCAAUGGCAUAAAAGGGAGGACAAACUUGAACCGGUGGCAUAGAAAGGAAGAGCCAAUUUGAAGGGGCAUAUAAGAGAACCGGUUAAUUUGGAGUGACACAUAAGGGAUUCUCACUCUUUUUUCAUGUUAGCAAUGGUGUAAUUAAUACUCACCUGUCAAAUACAUAAAUCCCCUGCCAAUGGUUCUACUGA